UUUUCGGUCUGUUUAUGCGGUUAAGCGAAGAUUUGCUGUCAUUGGAGGGCAAAAGUGGUCUUAUGUGAAUUAGUAAUAUGUGCAACUACAUAUUCCUAAGCGAGAUGAUGUAAGAAACCUGCGAUUAUCGUUGCUCAAGCGUAUCUUGAAAUAAACAUUGAUCUUAUAUUGAUAAGAUGCAGGCUGUGAAACUGAUAAUGAAUUAUUUCUGUACUUGUUUUAUAUUUUUAAAUUCCAGGACUUAAUAUAAUAUUUGUACACUGACUGUUUACUUCAAUGGCUUCAACAGAGCGAGGAUUUUAUGUCGGUACUCGUACAUUUUCGUGGUUAGCUGAGUUAAUACGUCUGCCUAUAGACCAGGUGAAUUUUUUAGUCUGCCAGUUUACUGCAUUGGCAUUUGCUGUUUUAUACAGAAAAGCAUUUUGUCCACAAAGGGUAUCACCUGAAAUAAGGCAUGUUGUCGCUCUGGCAAUUGGUAUUGGCCUAGGAUAUUUCUGUUUUGGAUACCAAAUAUCUCAUCUGGUUGUACAGGCUACCUUAAGUUAUAUCAUAAUGAAUACUGUUAGUCCUCAAAUAAUGCAUCGGUUGGUGCUGUUUGUUUCAUUAAUGUAUUUAUCAUAUAUGCAUCUUAUGAGGUUGACAUAUGAUUAUGGAGGUUGGACUGUAGAUGUUACUGGGCCAAUGAUGAUAACAACACAAAAAGUAAGCAGUCUAGCUUUUAGUCUACAUGAUGGACUUUGUCAGAAUGAAGAAAAGCUGACACCAGAGCAGAGAAAACGUGCUGUACGGCAUGUUCCAACAGUAUUAGAGUUUUUCAGUUAUAUCUUCCACUUUCAAGCACUAAUGUGUGGUCCUCUUGUCUUUUAUAAUGAUUAUGCUGAUUUUGUGGAAGGCAAAAACUAUGUCAAGAAUGCUAGUCCUGAAGUUGUGGUUGCACGCAAAGUCAUUGUGAGCAUUUUCUGUGCAUUAUUCUUAGUAACUGUUGUGCCAUAUUUUCCCAUAACUUAUUUACAAGAUCCCAAGUUCCUAAAUAACACACCAUGGUAUUCUAAAUUGACGUACUUGUUGUUUGCCACAUCAGUUGUUAGAUCGAAAUAUUAUCAUGCCUGGCUUCUAGGGGAAGCUGUAUGUAAUGCCUCUGGUAUGGGCUUCAAUGGUUACACAAGUGAUGGUCGCUCAAAGUGGGAUCUCAUGUCUAAUGUGGAUAUUAUUCGGUUUGAGUUCUCACUUAAUUUUCGAGAAACCUUGGAAACAUGGAAUAAAUCCACUCAAAUGUGGCUACGCACUAUAGCUUAUGAUAGAGCUCCCUCUCACAAAACAUUAUGGACAUAUGUGUUAUCUGCCCUCUGGCAUGGCUUUUAUCCUGGUUAUUAUUUUACAUUCCUUGGAGGAGCAAUUUUUACUUUAGCAGCCAGAUCGAUACGUCGCAGUAUUCGACCUCUUUUCCAAGGUAGUAAAUUCAUGUCCAGAUUCUAUGAUGUUCUAACUUGCAUCACAACCAGGAUUGCUCUAGCAUAUAUUGUUUUCCCAUUUAUUCUUCUGGAAUGUAAUGCAUCACUUGCUGUUUAUGCGAAACUCAACUUUGCUGGUCAUUGGUUAGCCCUGGCAGCUAUUUUUGUGCUGCCUCAUGUUUUCCCGCCAGUGGCUAGGUCCAGUGUGCUUUACAGUCGGAAGAGCCACAAAUUAGAGUAAUAUUAUUCUCUCAGCAAAACAAUGAAAAGUGAUCCUUUAGAAGUUAAUUUUUUUGGUAAAGAGUCCUAGAAUGGAAGUAAUUUCAAGAAAAUCAUCAGAAAUAUAUUUAUUCCAGUAUUUAAGAUAUUUGCAUAUACAUAAUUAUUUACAUAUACCUAAAAGUUUUAAUGGGAUCAGUCUUUUAAUAUAGUUUUUUAAUUUAUUUUAAAAGUACAAAAUAUUAAAAGAUAAAGACAUAUAAAUGUCCAGUUUAAGAGAUAGUUAUUUACACAAGUUUUUAUGAAAGCACUUAUAAUAAACAGUCAAACACAAAUAAAAAUUUUAGUCAAGUGUAUUUUAUGUGUUAAUCGUAAAUUGCAAUUUGUGAGUAUUGUUUGAUAAAGCCUGAUGUUAGAUUUUGUAGUCAUCAGGUAUCUGCCAUAUUUUCUAUCUCACCCUUUAACUAAUAAUAAGUGAUAACGUAAUGGAUAUGCAUAUCUAAUCUGAUUCAAAGAAGCAACUUUUUGAAAUAGAAGGUUAUAGUUAUUUUGAUAACCAAUCUGAUGCAGAUCUUACUCCAUCUGGAAUAAGUAUUCUUGCCUUUGCUGAAGAGAGGCCCAUGUUUGAACUGUCUCUUGAAACAUCUAGAACCAUUUGUAUCAUUUGAAACCAAUGGCAAUCUAAGAUUUAAUAUUGCUUAAUUUUGAAAGGAACUUCUUAAAAUCUUAGCAAAGCAGGUAUAAUAAUAAUAAAUUGGUGCUAGACAUUCAUCUCCCAAGAAAGAAUAAUUUUUGUUAAGAAGAAAUGGGUGUUCCUGGGUAACAACCCAUUUUAUGCCUUAUCUAAUCAGGAACAACUAGGGAACAAUUUUUAAGGAAAAUUUAGAUUAUUUUACUGAAGUAGUUUAUUUUUAAUGUAGUAAACGUUGAACUUUAAAGACUGCAAGGUUUUAAGUGUACUGCACUUGAGAAAUUUUCCUUAGAAUGAGGAAAAUUCAUCUUUUGCUUGAAUUAAUCCUCUUGCCUAAGGAAUGAUAUAAGUUUUCUUUGGUGUAGUAAAUUUGGCUGUAUUUAUCGAAUUAAAAAACAUCUGGCUGUUGGUUAAGGUACAGGUGUAUGUUCAAGUUCUAAUUCCUAAAUUUUAAGGAAACGGGGAAAAAAUUAUAUUAGCAUGUAACAAAAGCAUAAAGCAAUGUAUGUUGAAAAAAAAUUCUCAAGUCGAAUAAAUAUAUUUUAUAUUUUAAUAACGAAACUAUUAAAUAAAAUUAUUUCUAGUAUUAUAAAUUUGUAUGCAUCUUUAUAAGAAACCAAGUAUGUAAUUAAAUAUGUAAUAAAGUAGUUAUGAUAAUUUUAGGAAAUGCAUAACAAUAUCAAUAAAAUAUUGUGCCCAAAGAAAAUAUUUAGGUAUUUGAUUGAAAUUUCUAUUGUUCAGUUUGACAUUAUUUUAAAAUGCUGAUAAUAUCCACAGUUGAUUUCAUCUGCUAGUUUAUAAUGAAAGUUUUAUAUAUUUAUCGUUUCAAUAUAUUUUUAUUAGCAUAUUUGUCUGAGAAUCUAAAUUCAUAAAUCCAGCUUUGAGGAAGUAGCUUUGAAAUAUUAUCUAAGCUAGACUAUACUUGUCUGUCGAAGCAAAAAAGCUAAAUUCAACAAAUAUAUGCAUUCAGUCUUUAUAAUUUCUCAUAUAUGUUGCUUUGUCUCAUUCUGAAAUUCUUAUGACUUUUUCAUAUGACAUAAUAGACAGAACUACAGAAACACUUUACUUUUAUAACAGGAAGGAAGAAAGAACUUGUACAUGUUUUCUGAAUUCCAUAACCAAAAUAUUUCCAGAAUUGUUUAAUUCCUGCUUGUAACAACAUUUAAGGCAUAUGACUGUAUCCAUGCUUUGUGAUAGGUUGUUAAGAAUAAUUUUCUACUUUCUUUGAAAUUUGCCACUAAUUAUUUUCAUAAAAACUUCUAGUUGAAAUUAAGAUAUUAAAUUGAUUGCUGCUUCAGUUCCGGGGGGGAGGGCUUCCAAACAACUUGAAAUGCUUAGAAAUGUGUUAGAGUAUCAAAAUAAUUUUGAAGAAAUUUUCCUGAUUUUUAAUGCACUGAGUAAAUUUUAGAUACAAAUGGAAGAAAGAAGUAAAAAAGAAAAGCAGUAACAAUGUGCGCAAAAUUUAGAAAAAGGAGGAGUUCCUCAUAAUUUUUUUUUAAAUAGUGUAAUUGCAUGUUAAACUUAAUAAUUGAAACAAUAUGCAUUCAGAAUAAAUCAAAAGGAAGAAAGCUUAAUAUAUUAGCUUUCAAGACAGCAGUAAUUAGGCUUAAGUAUUGUUUUUGUGUUUGGGAAUUAAAUUAUCCCUACUUAUUAUCUUUACUUGCAUUUUUGUUGCACUUUAUGUUUGUAGUGGAGGCAGAAUUAAAACUGAUUUAGAAGGAAGAAAAGUUGGUUAUCAUAUUGGUAUACUUAAAAGUUUUUAAAAAAAAUGUUGUUUUAGAUAUAGUUCAUUAUUUCAACUUUUGUGGGUGUCUUAAGAUUAAAAUUUAUUUGUAAAUAAUUUGGAUAAAAUUUGCUUCUUUGAAUUGGUUUGAAAAAUUUCUAGAUCUACAGACACACUUAAUGGGAGGAGAAAAGUGCCCAUGCUUCAUUGUGUCUUUUUUUGCACUUCUUAAUAUGCAACACUUUUAAAUGCAGUGUGCUGAAAGGUGUAAAAGAAAACUGAAUGUCAAAGAUUUUAGCAUAUAUUUAAAUGUUAAGUAUUUGCACUUGGCUCAUUUAAAUUAUACAUAGUAUGUGUACAGGGGUAAACUUUUUUGAUGACCCAUCUCCUUUUUUUUAUUUCAUCAUAACUUUUAUUUCUUUUAUAUUGCCAAUAAAUUGCAAUAUUGGGUAGAUUGAUUAAAUAAUAUUUUAUAAAUGAAGUUAUUACUAAGAAAAACUUUCUAAUAUUGUAUUUUGUGAAUAGUCUAGAAGCAAUGUACAAGAUAUCAAUGGAAUUUUAAGCAGGAUUACAUUGUGCCAAACAAUUUUAAAAAAUGUUUUAUUUGAAGAAUCAGCUUUUGUAUAAGUAUUUAUUGUAUUGCUUAUAUUUUUCUUAAAACAAGUGUCUGUUUCUCAUUAUCCAAGAUAAUACAACAUUUGUUUUUCAAAGAAAUGGAUAGUUUCCUCUGUAUUAUUUGAAAAUAUUAAGAAUAUUGAGGAUUCUACAUGUUAGUUAAAAAUAUCUGGCAAAAAAAUUGUAAAUGCACGUAGAGAGAACCCAGAUAAACAGAUUUUUGUAAUGGAAUGUAUGUGUAAAAAUGGCAUCUUGAGAUAGAGUGUUGUUGAGGUAAGUAGAUCAAAGUGGUUAGCUGUCAUAAUUCAUCAUUCCUGUGGGAAAUUUCGAGCAGUAGAGGUUGCUUCAGAGUUUAAUCAGCAUGUAUAUUAUUUAUGGGUUGCAGGCAGAAACAUUCAAGAGGAUGCAAAAUUCCUGAAUAGACAGCUUUCGAAUCCCCAAACAUUGGAGCAUAUUAACUAGGAGGUGUGCAAAACUGGAAUAUUCCUUGCUUGCAGCCAUAAUGGAGACUGGGAAAUGCAUAUCAUUAUGAUUGAAUCAGAAAUUCUGGACACAUUCUUUGGUCAUCAUGAUUAACAGAUUUAAAAAGCAUGGAUUUCUUCUCCUGGUGGCACAAUUAAGGGCAUGAUCUAUAAAUGUUGAUCUAGUGAUCAGAUUAUCAGUUUCUGGGGUAUGAGAAAUGUCUUUUUAAUCAUUCAGAUUUUUUUUUUCUUUUUUUGCAUACUCUUUGCUAUCAUACUUUUAAUUCAUACUUUUUUGGAUACUAGUACACAUGCUAUUUCUGCAUGCUAUUUCUGCAUUCUAUAUAAAAUCUGCUUAUUUUGGUCAUGUUUACUUCCUUUAUAUUUAUACCAGAUAUUUUAGAAUCAUCCUGUAAAUAUUUCAAGGAUAAAUAAAUCAAUUUUCCCUCUGAUGUUGCUGAAAGAAGUAAACAAAAUUUAUGAUUUUAAUUGUCCAUGUAUUUAAAAUUAUCUUUUUUUUUUUUUUUUUUUUUUUUUUUUUUUUUGUAAAUAUUAAGAAGGAUUAAUUUAAAUGCAAUUCAGGAUGCUAAAAUUUGCUUAAAGUUUAUUUUAUGUAACAUCUGUACUAUAAGUCAUCUUUUUGCCUUAUCUAGUCUUCAUAGUUUGUUAUUAAGCUUACAAUUCAUAUGCUAUUGUAUUAAGUCAUAUAAAUGUUGCAUAAAAAGUGAUUUGAUUUAGAUUUAAAAAUUUGUGCAUUGCUUAAAAGUCCAUUUUGUCAAAUAUUUGGAGGUAAUUUGUAUAAUGUUUGAUCCAUGUUUUCUACGUUUGUAUUGGAUAACAGCUUGAAAACAUUGCUCAGUGUUGAAAAAGUAGUGGAGAGUAUUUUUCAAUAUAUGGUCAAUGAAUGGCAUAUGUAUGAUGGAAUGCUUUCAAAAUUUUGUAUGUAUUAAUUUGUUGAGUUUUGCUAUGUAAUUCAGUAGCCAAAGGGAAGCAUAAAUCAGAAAUGGAGAAAAGUAUAUUGUUUGAAAACUUUAGUUAAUGUCAUUUGUUUAAGUAUAUUGGUUCUGCAUUUACUUAUUUAUUUGUAAAAGAUGUAAAAGCAUAUUUAAAUUGUGAUAACUUUUCUAGCCAUUUACUUUUCUGGUUUUAUCAAAAUAUAUUUCUACCAUUUUCUGUUUCUCUCAAAUGUUCGUGCUGAUAUUCUUUUAGCGAGUUACGUGUUCAAAUAAAUUGUAACACAGCAUAGAAAUCUUUAAAAAUGCUAAAAAAAUGGGGAAUAUUUAGGAUUCCAUAUUUGAAUGCAGAGUCAGUUUGAAGCACAAGUGGCAUAGGCAGCUAGCUGCGUGAGAUGCCAAUUUUCAGAGGGCAUAAUAACUGAAUUUUCGUAGAAGUAACUACUAGUAAAGAUAUGCAGCAAUAUCCCAGCUUUAAUGAAUAUAAAUUCAAUGUACUCUUGUUUAAAAAUUUCAAAAGAAACUAAAUUUUAACUGAGCAAAAUAAAAAUAAAUUCUGAAAAAUUAAUAUACUGAAUUAUUUUCUAGUAUGUAUAUGAUAGUUUUUGUUCCCUCUUUAUGCAGUCAGAUAUCUCCAUGUAGUUUUAUGUGGUUUUAAAGUUCUGCAGCACAAAAUUAGAUAAUGAAACACUUAACAUAGAUAAACAAUGGGCUUAUGAAAAGGGGGAGGAAAACUAGACAAUGAUAAUUAUGCUAUGAUAAGUUGCUACCUGAGAUUAAUAGCUGAACAAUUAACAAAAUUAUUGGAAUGAUUGAAAUCUUGGCAGGGUAUGUUAUGGAUAUUCAUUUCCAUAUUGGACAUAGCCUUUACGUUUCACCGAUAAGCACUUACAAGCAAUAAGCAGUGAAAUUUGAUGCUGCAAAGAAAUGCAUGUUGUGUAAAGGCCAAAGGGAAAAAAAGUGCAGAUAUUGCAUAUUUUAGAGAGUAAAAAAUGAAUUACAAGAAACCUGCAUUUUAAAAAAUUAUUUCUAAUAAAAGCAUUUGAAUUUAUUAAUCAUGUUUUAAUAUUAAAAAAUGGGGAGAAUUUUUCUGAACCAUUUUGUUUAGAGUUGUUUUAAGUUAUUCAUGCAUUUAAUUUAUAUGGAGCACUAACAGUAUUACAUACCUGAAAGAUUGAAAAUGCUAGAAUUAGGUCUGCUAGGGUGUUCCAAAGAAUAUAAGUUGAGAAUUUAGAAAAAUUUAAGGAAUUUUCUUUUAAAAAUUGUAAAUUCAUAUUGUGUCUGUGUUGCUUGUGUGUAUAAUUCAGACCAAUUAGAUAUAUCACAGAAAUAUGGCCAUGUUUUAAGCUGUGUAAAUAUGAGUGUCGUAUUUGCUUAAACUGCUAUAGUGAAGUACAGAUAUGACUAGAAGAAGAUGUAGAUAAAGAAGUUAGAUUUGAUUCAUGCUGCGAAACUUUAAUUUGUGAUACGCCCGUUUUUUAUACUUUGAAUUAGUUGGCUAAAUUUUUGAAGAAAUGAAAGUUUAGUUACAUAUUUAGUUUCACUUAAAUGAAUAUUUGUUUUAUUGGUGUAAUUUCGAAGAUUUUUAUAAAAAAAUGCCAUUUGCAUCAAAAUAAUUUGGCAGAGGAAAUAAGACUGUUGAGGAAUGUAGUGAGAUGUAAAUAAUAUUAAUAGCAAGGGGUGCUUGAUAUUCAUAAGCAUCCCGUGAUAUAUAUACCAUCUAUAGUUAAAAAAACCUUGAAAGGGAUGCUUGAAACUUGUGGAGAUUCUAACCUACAAAUCUUUAUAAGAAGAUUUAAAAUAAAUUGUGUGGUAAGUUCUAAAUUUGCCAUUUUAUAAAGGUUGAAAAAAUUACAUUGAAGGAAGUUUUAAAGAAAAACUUCUAGAAUUUCUAGUUAUUAUACGAUAUUAAAAUUAAAAUGGAUAUAAUUAAUUAUUACAUUUUUCCUCCUUAACUGAACAUGUGUAUGAUUUGUAUGAAAUACAAAAUCAGCAACAACAAAAAAGGAAAAGAAAAUAAUUUUUUUAUACUAGCCAAUAUUAUAUAAGAUUGUGAUUGUUAUUACAGAUUUUGCAUUUGUUUUAAUGUGUGCAGUGUACUCCCUGGCUUGUGAUCAAAAAUGUGAUUGUCAUUAUUUUAAGUUCGGAAUUUGUUUUUAUGUGCGUUCUGGAAACAAUAUUGCAUUAAAUCGCACACUGGUUGCUAACUAACCUAAGCAGAUUUUUAAAGUUUUAAUGUUCAUAUUGUAGAGCAGUUUUUAAUUUUAGUUGCGUUCUUUACACGUUGACUAAAUUUUUUAUUUUCUGUGAUAUAUUUUUGAGCUUUGCACUAUGUAUAUGUAGAUUAUUGUAAAAAAAAAACUGUAAUGUCUUAUUUUAUUAUUAUUAUUUCAAAAAAUGUCAGAAAAGAUGUAUUGUCUGGUAUAUAGAAAAUAAAAUAUUUUCCUACAUG